AACCAUAGAAAACUGUAUAUUGUCAUGGCAGACAUAACAGGUAAAGAACUCAUAAAGCAAGAUGUAGCAGAAGGAAACCAUGAUUCAAUGAAUGAGUCACAUGAUGAGUAUAACCAAGAAGUCCCUAUAAAGACUAUGUCUGAGACUAGUUCUUCAAAGAUAUCAGAGGACAGAGUUGACGAUGACAGCAGUACACUUUUUUACUUCAAUGAUUAUAGAGAUGGUGGAGUAAGAAGCUCUGGAUUGCAUUCUGCACUGCUGUCGCAAACAUCAAUCUCAACAACAGAUAGUGUGGUUGAUACAUGCGAUCAACAGGAGGCCAAUGCUUCAAAUCUGCAGGAAGAUGCUUCUGGUGAUCAUAGCAAAAAUUCAGAUAUAGCUGAGGUAGAGUUGUUUGCUCCUCAAUCUGAUGUCAAUAAUGCUGAUUCUAGAGUAUCUCAAGAAAAAACACAAGAAGCCGAUGUCCAUUCAAUUGAAGAAAGAAGUAAAGAAGGAAGACAAGACAUCAUUGAGAAGACAUCAUUUUAUCCUGGAUCUGAAAAUGAAGAAAAAUGCAAUGCUAGUUUGGUAAACUGUAUUGAAGAUUCAGAUGUCCAUUCACUUAAAAAAAAAGAAAAUGAAAGUGUAGACACCAUUAAGUCUUCAAUUCCAGGUCAUCUUUUAUUUGAAAAUAAUGAAAAUCCCAAUCAUGUUGCAGUGGAAACUAAUGGAGAAACGAAUAUACUAUCACAAAACAAGGAAGAGGUUGAUGAGUAUAAAUUUGAUGAAUUGAAGAUAGACAAGGUUCCGAGGAAGGCAUCAAGUAAGGUUAAUCCUCUAGAUACUGGAGUAAGAUUUACAGGUGGAAUUCAAUGCUUCGAUUGGUUUCAUGGACAACCAAACAAAGAUGAGGAUAAGGAUUUGGCAUUUGAAUUGUGUAAAAAACAUGGCCGUCCACAAUCGCUUUUUUGUAUUGUGUGCGAACUUUCCUUAUGUGACUCAUUUGCAUGUAGGUCUAUUCAUUUUGAGCAUGCUGUGGAAGAAAAAGAUGAUAUUUCUAACUCAGUAAUGGAAAAGUUGAAGACUACGCUGGACUACAUAGAUUCUGGUGAAAAUAUUGUGAAGUUCCUUGAAAGAACAGAAAUUAAACAACAGUUUUUGGUGAGAUAA